ACCUUUUAUAAUCAACAUUCCGAUUCGAAUGCGAUAAACAAACAUCGUAUCGAUCCAUUUUUGAGAGCUCAACAUGUUCGUCUGGUUGUUGUUUCCUUCACUGGAACUUAUCCUUGUAUGCGUGUUGAACUGUAUGGCUGUCCAGAAUGUAAGUAUUGCUAUGGUAUUAGGUUUAAUUAUAUGCAUUUUACUACAUGAAGUACUGAGUACGAGACCACAGUUGAGACUGCUGGUCAGUAGCCCGCAAUAAAAGGAACUGUCCGCCAUUUUGUUAGUAGUUAGUUUAGAUUUAGUAUAACAAAUAUGUUGUUUUAAGGCACAUUUCCACUCAGGAAAAUUUCCUGUAGAAAGAAAAUUUUGUAAAGCUUGAUUGGCCGAUACAAAUUUUACGUCGGAAAAAAAUUUUGAAGUUGAAAAUAUUUUUGAAGUUUUAACAAUGAUAUUUGAUUUUUUUAACAAUGAAAUGAGCCUCUACAUCGCUUUGCUCCCAUUUACACGAUACCAGAUUCCUCCAACCCAUUGAACUCUAUGAAUACUGGAAUGAUAGCUCCAGGUAAACUGCCCUUACAGAGUGCUCUCUUGUAGGUAUAAAUCACGCGUGUUUUUCGCGCGUGUGCUUCGCGGGAGCUGAAAAAUGACUAUAGUUUUCCACUUUUCCCAUCGAUGUUUUUCAAUUUUUGCACAUAAUUUAUAGUGACAUAAAUGCACAUUUUAAUGGUAAAUCCCAUACCUAAAAGCUAAAAACUAAAUGAAAAGGUAAAAUUGGUGCAACUGCAGUCCAUAUUAUUCUGUGUUCAGUUCAAAUCCCUCAUACACAGUCCUGAAAAACAAACGUUUGCUGGUGUUUCUCCGCGGGGUUUUUUCUGAACUUGGUCUUCACUCGUCAAAUAACUUCACUUUUUAUGAUGAAUUGUUUCUAAAAUUUGGUUAUUCUGAAAGACCAGUUGUUCUAGUUUCUUAGGGCCACGGUAAAGCCGGACUUGAAAUUUCUACAUGAAAUGAUGUCGAUUUUUCGUACUGAAUUCAGUGAAUUUACGCGUAGGGACCUGGAUCAUACCUACAAUACGGGCUUCAAUUUCCGCCUUUUUGGCUUCAAAAAUCAAGCCCUGAUAACAGUCCAGUAUUUAUAACUGAUAACAGUCCAGUAUUCAUAGAGUUCACUGAUCCAACCUCGUCCCCAGGGCAUUUUGCCUUCACGGCUAAAGGUGGCCCUGAGAUCGGCUGAUCAAUUCUACAAUCCCAUUGGUCUGUUCAAAAACGCAUUAAUUAUCUUGCAACCCCAGUACUUUAAAAUUAUUGUGUUUUAUACGGUAAACUUAGAAAAUACCGAGAGAUUAGUGAAGAUUCACUUACGUCUUAUAUACUUGCUGUAUUAUGUGUUUGUUGGACUCAUCCAUAUCAUGGCCGGAUUUUGAGGGGAGGUGUGGGGAGAUGCGCACCUCCCCUCAGAUCUUUUGCACCCCCAUCCCUGAGAGUUUUUGCACCUCCCCUUGGGCCAAAUAAAAAUAAUAGUUGGUUUCAGGUUUCCGACCGACCUGUCAAAAAUAUGACCGACCAUAAACAUUUUAUUGAUAUUUCCCAGUAGAGAUCAUCUUUUCGUAAAUAGCAGAGUAUAUAAAUAGUCAUCAGACUCAUUUGCCUACAAAUUAUUUUGUUUGCUUAUAAUUUAAUCAUUAUCUAGUCAUGUUAAUCAUAGUUUUAUACAAAUAGUUGCAUAAAAUAUUGAAAACGUACAUUAUUCUGACAUGGCAGCUACGGCUGAAAAAAGACGAAAACGCCUUGAUGCGUUUGUUUCUCGCGAAACAUAUGUAGCUCGUGGGUGAUCCCGCUUGGCACGUUUGAUCACGCGUGACAGUUACUCAUAAACAAUGGUGGCGCGAGAAACGCUUGAUAAUGAGUUUUAACUUAUAUUUAUUGCAUACUUGAGAUAAAAUAUUUUUUAAAAUAAAAUGUUUUUCCGACCUACCUACCCAUAUAAACAUGGCUGUGAAACCUGAAACCAACUAUUAUUUUUAUUCGGCCUUGGGAAAAUUUCAAUGAUAGAUCAAAGUGAAAAUUUGACAUUUUUUGGUGGCUUAGGGUCUACACUCCGUAAGAAAGUUUUUUUCUGUAAAAUUGAAAUAGUGAUAGCCAUUCAUCUCUGUGUCAAAUACCCUCUUAAUGCAAUGAUUUGAAAGAAACUUAAUAGUAAUUGUAAUGAAGGGCAAAAUUGGAUGAGUUGUACAGUCAUAAUUCAUUAAUACACUGGUACAUAUAUGCACAUUACAUGCACCAGUACGUUAUGUCGUUGAUUUUGACCCUUUCUAAGCCCUAUGAAAUGUGGUCGUGGGCUAUGGGGGUCGUGAGCUAGCCCGCUGCACCUCCCACAACCCACCCCACCCCCACUAUUUCCACCAAAAGCCAGCCUUGAUGGAUAUAGGAAGAAAUUUGCAAGCUUACUGCUCUUAAAAUAAAGUCUAGAUGAACAAGUUGGCAAAUUGUUCAUUAGUUCUCAAUUAUUAUUCGUAACACGCAGAAAUUCUGGGUGUCAUGUGACCUAUCCCAGGGCCAUUUUCGCCGACCAUCAGCCGUGGCGGCAAAAUGCCCUGGGGACGAGGUUGAGACAGUGAACUCUAUAAAAACUGGAACGAUAACUCAGGCUUGAUUUUUGAAGCCGAAGAUGGCGGAAAUUGAAUCUCGUCUUGUAGGUAAAAGUUAUUUGACGACGGAAAAACAAGUUCAGAAAACACCUCGCGGAGAGACACCAGCAAAAGUCUGUUUUAGGGAUGAGCCGAUUAAUCGGUAAAUAAUCGGCCAAGCCGAUUAAUCGGCCGUUUUUUAAAUAAUCGGUAAUCAGCCGAUUAUUGCCUGAUAAUCGGCACAUAAUCGGCCAUAAGACUUUUUCUGCAACUGCCGAGCACAUGCUAGAAUACUGAAUACAAGCGAAUAGAUUUUCACAUUUUGUUGCAAAACCUGCGUCUUUUGUCUCAAGCGAAGUGAAGCUGGGAACAUAUCCACUGAAAAACGCAGCAGAAUAGCUUCGCAUAGCUGACAAUAUCCUGUUUUCACACCAUAAUCUGCCAAAACUUAACUUUGACUAUUGACAUGCAAGAUUGAAGCUGUUUUUAAUUUUACAUAGUGUGUACUGUAAACAAUAAAACCGCAUUUACAACUUCAUUGUUGGUCAAUUUGUGAUUUUUCGCUUGCUUUUUAAAAUAAUCGGCGGGUACCGAUUAAUCGGCCGAUUAGUUACGAUAAUCGGCUUAUAAAUAAUCGGCCUCAGUAAUCGGCAAUUUUCCUUAUCGGCUCAUCCCUAGUCUGUUUGUCUCGACUAUAUGAGGGAUUUGAACUGAACACGGAAUGAUAUGAACUGCAGUUGCGUCAGUUUUACCUUUUCAUUUAGUUUUUAGCUUUUAGGUAGGGGAUUUACCAUUAAAAUGAGCAUUUAUGUGCAAAUAUUGAAAAACAUCGAUCGGAAAACUUUAGUUAUUUUUCAGCUCCCGCGAGGCCCACGCGAAAAACACGCGUGUUUUAUACUGCACCUACAAGAGAUCAUUCUAUAGGCCGCCAUCUUGGCCCCACCCAAUCAUAGGAAAGUUUACCUGGAGUUAUCGUAUAUAGAGUUCACUGGGUUGAGAUUACUCUUCAUAUCGCAUAGUCCAGUUCAAUUGCGGCUUUGCUCUGCUUAUUGGACCACCGUUCAUCUGUAAAUAUUUAUUCGAUGAUAAAGCUAUUAAACUAAACUAAACUAAACUAAACUAAACUAAACUAAGCAUAGUCUACUCCUACUAUAUAGAUUGAUCUAAAUCUAAUACAAUAACUAGAGGUAUUUUGGGGGUGAGAGGUUCGGUGUCGGUAUUUUCAAGAGAAGGGCAAUUGAAAGCGUUCGCUCAAUAAAUUUAACAUGAAAAUAAACGACUUAUAAGUAGUUAUGUGAAACAAAAUCAUCUCCAUUGAUAUACGGGAUGCACUUGUGAAAUAAAUAUAAUCUAAAUAAAAUAAAAAAUGUCUUUGUUUGAGCAAUCAUUUUGUUAUUAUACAAACUAGGGGCGGCUCUAGCCUCAUCUGCAAGGAGGGGUGCAGGUUUUCCAUGAGGUGGUGCAUGAGGGAGCCUUUCUGCUCACUUUCCUCUGCAGUCUUCAACACUAUUAUCCCAACAUUACCAUUAUUUGAGAUGGCCGAAUCUGCAUGUUCGCCGUUCCGUUACGUUUUACACUAUGUUUUGUAUAUAAAGUUUAUAUCGGCCUUUUAUCAUAGUUGCUGUAGCACAAUACAGUAAAUUUGCUUGUUAAAGUACAGUAUAUUUGAAAAUAUACCUCGACAUAUUAAUACGUAUAUAACCAUGAUAUUUAUAACUAAAAACUAAAGGAUUCUCGAGUAUUUUCUCGUGAGCUCACAAAUCAAUAAAUCGUUUCAAUUAUUCGCUAUUCGAAAAGGAGAAAAUGUAUACAGGGUUCGAAAUAACGUUUCAACGUUUCUGAUCAUGGUGAUCAGCAUGCAUGAUUUUCUGCCGAUUAAAUGAAAAUCUGGCCGAUCAGUAAGAUAUACGUUCUGUUUAUACGUUCUGUAACCGUGUUUUUGAAACAAUGGUCAAAUAUAUUUCUUGCCGAUAAAGAUGAUCGGCAACCUUGCUUUUCUGCCGAACAAAAAGCAAUUUCCUGCCGAUUAAUCACUCAUCGUUUGUUAUUUCCUGCCAAUCACUCAUCGCCCCCUCCCUUUCGUCCCCCCCUUUCAAAAACAUUUUUCCGGAAAGCAAACAUUUUUCCGGAAAAUGUUGGCGACUGGUCGACGUUUCUUUUUCGAAAAUUUUCCAUAAAAUUCUGGGGACCCCUUUCUUGAAUUUUCUUUGGGGGGGGGGGGAUGUUACACCCCCAGUAGUUCCGGCCCUGCCCACUUAUUUUAUUACGCACGGACACGAUAUUUCGGUUUGUUCUAAGGCAGCUUCAUAAAUAUUUAUUUUUUAACUUUCAGCUGCGGCCUCGGCAGCAAACUGCUAUUCAACUCUUGGAAUACGAGAUGGAAACUUAUUCCCAAAUACGGUAUUUACUGGCGACGAAGACAUUCAACAAUAUAAACCACAUAAAGGCAGGCUUGACAGUGGGAAUGGUUGGUGUACUAACAAUUUCGAAAAGCCAGUAAUUCGGGUUUCCGUGAGCCAACGUGAUUUAGAG